AUGUCAGGAUCUCCGUUGACACCUCGAGAGAUUGCCGAAAUAGGCUUGACAGUCGCUCCGACACUAUAUCUCGCAUGGCAUUUCUAUAAUCUGACUGCUCAUAGUGCUCAAUCUUGGGGACUGCUUAUGAUAUGUGUUUUGGCAGUAGAAAAUCAAUGGAAGAAGCAUCGCCCAUGGGGCACAUCUAUUGGUGAUUACAGGCCAUCUUCAGAUCAAGGACUUAUUUCGGGAUCGCUCAUCGCUCCAUUAACAGCUUGCAGUAUCUUGUGGUCUAAUAUGAGUUCAGAAACCGAAUUCGCAUCAUCACACCUUGCUACAUUAUCAAUCUCAUUUGCGCUACUCGCCAAUAUCUUUUUGGUGUCGUCGACAAACACUAUUGAUGUGAAAAGGGUCAUUAUGGCUGGACUUGUGGUGUUUCGAAUGUGUCAUCAAUCUGGUCUCGCAUUCUGGAUGAUAGGACCAUGUCUAGCCACUUUCUCAAUGCUUUACUAUAUCACUAUCGCCAUCCUGAGACGAAGCUUCACAGCUGGAGAAGCUAUUCUUGCAUCACAACUCUUGUCGUUGGCGUGUAUAUCAUCCGCGUUGGCUGCUCUACCGAAUCCAUACAAUGGAAUUGUACUAAAAUGGACUGCAACAUACAUCAUGUUGCUGGCACUCAUACCUGGAAUGCUCGCUAUCGGUGUAUUGACAAACACCGUACUGAUAUACUCGAAAUCAACGUAUCUGGAUGUAGUGAAAGUUGGAAAUCCAAGUGGUGCGCUGCUAGCUUCGUAUCGGAUAUGGAUCAGUCUUGCUUUUGUUGCUGGAGCUGCAUUGACUGUCUUGUUUGGGAUUUCACCGUUGGUUUCUGCGAGGUUGAAUCUAAAUCCAUUUGUUUGGACUGUUGAUUUCGUAUUCACAAAGGGUGGGAGUACGAGGAUUAAUGUAUUAUGCUACUUGGCUUUUACUCUGCUGCUUGGCGUCUCUCUCACCACCAGAUUAUUUGACUCCAAAAAACGGGCCAACACCAAUGAAACCAAUCUGAAACGAAAGUAUUUCCACUUUUUGGCCUUCGUAAUGUUUCUACCGUGCUAUCUUGUCGAUCCCGAAUUCUUGCAUCUGGCAUUCUCACUAGCGACAUCUAUAUUUAUAUUAACUGAAUAUGCACGAUUCUUUCGACUUGCACCUGUUGGUGAUUUCCUGCACACGUAUCUGUCACAGUUUGCAGACGCGAGAGACACAGGACCAGCCAUCUUGUCACAUGUGUAUCUGCUACUUGGGUGUGCUAUACCUGUAUGGCUUGCCGGGGGUUUGACUAAGUAUGGAUUUCAAGGGUGUUUGGGGAUUGUGGCCUUGGGCGUUGGUGACUCUUUGGCAGCUAUAAUAGGCCAACGACAUGGACGUCAUCGGUGGCCUCAUUCACGUAAAACCGUUGAAGGAACGGCAGUGUUUAUCGUGUCUGUGUUUUUAUGUUGGGUUGUUGCGGUCUUGUUGGGUGUAGCGAGGAGGAAGGAUUUGCUGCCUGCGUUGUUCAGUAGUGUACUUGGAGGAAAGAGUGCACUGGCUGCUUUAUGGGGUCCUUAUGAACUUUAUGGCAAGGUUGACAAAGUCUACAGUCAAGAAGCAUAUUAUCGAGGUGACGGGUUCGGGACCGCACAAACAUGGAUGAAUGUAGUUGAAUUGGCUUUUCAAUUCGGUGGUAUUUAUUUGGUUGUCAAGAAGCAUCCUGCUGGUGCUCUUGUUGUUGCUACUGCACAGUUAAUGACGUUCUGGAAGACUGUCUUGUACUUUUUGGCUGAUAUACUGGGAGGCUUUGAUAACACCAAGCAGAACGAUGCAUGGACAUUCUUGAGCUUAUACCUCAUUCCCAAUGGCAUGUGGCUCGUAUUCCCAGGCUUUAUCUCUGCCAAAUUGGGACAUGAACUCUUCAAGUUCUUUGUUGACUUGUCACUGACCAAGAAAUUGAACUAG